AUGGCGUCGCCCUGCUCCCGCCAGCUCAUCCGGGCCUCUACCCAACGGCGGCCUGCAGCACUCCAGCCUGCCUGCGCCCGCGCCCCCGUCUCGCGCAACUUGUCCGCCCCCGUCUCGCGCAACUUGUCCGCCACCGUCUCGCGCAACUUGUCCUCCAGCCGCCCCCUCCACGGGCAGCAGCACAGGAAGGAGUCGUUCCGGUCGCGGCUGGGUGCGGCGCUGGGGAAGACCAAAAUCAAGUGGGAGCCCAUACCGAUUGCCCUGGGCGUCGGCUUCCUGGGCGCGUUCCAGCUGUAUCGCAUCCAGCGACGGGACAAGCACACGCAGGCGGAGCCGGACCGGGGCGAGCAUGACGAUCCGCAGGGCCGCCCCAAGAAGCGCGAGAGGAUACGGCCGAGCGGGCCAUGGACGGUCCAGGUCAUGUCGACGCUGCCGCUGAAGGCCCUCUCCCGCCUGUGGGGUCGCUUCAACGAGAUGGACAUUCCCUACUACUUCCGUGUGCCUGGCUUCAAGCUGUACUCGUUCAUCUUCGGUGUCAACCUCAGCGAAGUCGCCGAACCCGACCUGCACGUGUACCCUAACCUCGCGGCCUUUUUCUACCGCACGCUCAAGCCCGGCGCGCGGCCCCUCGAUCCCAACCCGAACGCCGUCCUCUCGCCCGCAGACGGCAAGAUCAUCCAGUUCGGCACCAUUGAGCACGGCGAAGUCGAGCAGGUCAAGGGCGUGACAUACACGCUCGAUGCCCUCCUCGGCUCCAGCCGCCCGUCCAAGCCCGAAGACAGCGUGGCAGACGGCCAGGCGCGGGCUUCGGAGCACACCAAGACGCCCAAGGACCAGGAAGACACGGUCCGGGCCGACGAGGAAUUCGCAAACGUAAACGGCAUCUCGUACACGCUGCCCAACCUCUUCUCCGGCCCCUGGCCCAAGGGCGGCAAGCCGGCAGAAAUGCCCACGGACCAAUCCACGCACGCAACCCCCUCGUCCGAGGCAGAGGUCCGCGCCGACCUCGCCCUCUCCGAAUCCGCCGCGCGUCCGUGGUGGGCGCCCGCAAACCAAAAGACGCCCACCGCGCUAUACUACUGCGUCAUCUACCUCGCCCCCGGCGACUACCACCGCUUCCACUCGCCCGUCAGCUGGGUCGUCGAGUCGCGCCGCCACUUUGCAGGGGAGCUGUACUCUGUCUCUCCGUACCUGCAGCGCACGAUGCCCGGCCUCUUCACGCUGAACGAGCGCGUCGUCCUCCUCGGCCGCUGGCGCUGGGGCUUCUUCUCCUACACCCCCGUCGGCGCGACCAACGUCGGCUCCAUCAAGAUCGCCUUCGACCGCGAGCUGAGCACCAACAGCCUCACCACCGACACGGCUGCGGACCGCGCCGCUGAACUCGCUGCUGCGCGCGGCGAGCCGUACUCUGGGUUCGCCGAGGCGAGUUACACGAGCGCCAGCGCUGUUUUGGGCGGGCAUUCGCUUAAGCGCGGAGAGGAAAUGGGCGGGUUCCGCCUUGGCUCUACGAUUGUGCUUGUCUUUGAGGCGCCCAAGGGUGUUAGGCCGAGCUUGGAUGAGGGGUAUCAGGGCAAGCGGCACGGCGGGUUCGAGUGGAAUAUCGAGCAGGGCAUGAAGGUCAAGGUUGGCGAGAAGCUGGGCGUUGUGCAUGGGUUUGGCGACGCGUGA